AUGUACGAAGGGAUUGACAACCUGAAAUCCCUUUACGACCGUGCCGGGAAGACUUUCUCCGGCGGUCCUUCUGCGGCACAGGAUGUGCCGCGUCGUACUGCUCAACCAGACCCAUUACGUAUAUCAUCAGUUGGGAGCGGGGCUCCCAAGAAUCCCAGGACGGGGGAUAGCCGCGCCACCGGACGAGAUAACUCGUCCGACGUCCGUUCACGUCGCGGUGGUUCAACAGCUGCUCAACUAGAUAGCGCUGGCCACCGCGAGAGUCCUCCAAAGGAGAAGGAGGAAGAGAGAAGACGCUCUCCAAACUAUCGUGGGGGAGCGUGUGUGUCCAAGAGCUUCUUUGAUCGCGUAAAUCUUGCGUUACGCGGCGAACUCAAGCAUGAGCAAGACAUGCGUCUUCAACUGGCGGACACUGUCUUGAAGUAUCGAGCUGAGUUUGCUUUUGCUCAGCUUGAGAACGAGAGAGCUUUGACAUCUCUGCGUGACGAGCUAAGGGUAGCUCGUGGGGAUGUUGGCCGGUCUCGGGCUGAGAUAACUGCUCUUCAGACCCUUGUUGAUAUCCACCAUCGGGAGCACAAGGCUAUCUGUGAGAUGUUUGAGCGCAAGGGCGUUCUUCAUCGGAAGAAACAGCGUCUGAUGGUACGGCUUAAGCCGACCAACGUCAAACGUGGGAUGCGUUCGUAUCUUACGUGGCAACUCGAUCGUGUAUGCGUUGCCUAG